GAGCAGCGAGCGAGCGAGCGCACGGAGGAGGAGGAGGAGGAUCCUGGCUCUGGCGAGCGCCUCCCUCCCGCUCCCAGCCGAGCGCAGCGCCCGGAGCAUGGAGCCUGCCUGAGACGCUCCGCGGGCUCCGGCGGCUGCUGCUGCGGCGCACAACAUGGAGACGGCGGCGGCGGCUGCCCCGCCGCCGCUGCGGCUGCUCCUGCUGGCCGCCGCCGUGCUUCAGUGCCACUUGGGCUCGCUGCGGGCUUCUCCUCUUCUGCUUUUCGCCAAUCGUCGGGAUGUCAGACUGGUGGAUGCUGGAGGAGUGAAGCCGGAGUCCACUGUAGUGGUCAGUGGCUUAGAAGAUGCUGCUGCGGUUGACUUUCAGUACUCACAAGGCGUCAUUUACUGGACAGAUGUGAGCGAAGAAGCCAUCAAGCAAACGUACUUGAACCAAACUGGGAAUGUAGUGCAGAAUGUCAUUAUUUCUGGUCUGGUUUCUCCGGAUGGCCUGGCAUGUGACUGGAUUGGGAAAAAGCUGUACUGGACGGACUCGGAAACCAAUAGGAUAGAAGUUGCUAAUCUCAAUGGAACGUCUAGAAAUGUCCUCUUCUGGCAAGACCUUGACCAGCCAAGGGCAAUUGCCUUGGAUCCAGCCCAUGGGUACAUGUAUUGGACGGACUGGGGAGAAACACCCAGAAUAGAACGGGCAGGAAUGGAUAGCAGCACUCGAAAAAUAAUUGUUGAUUCAGACAUUUAUUGGCCUAAUGGACUCACAAUAGAUCUUGAUGAGCAGAAGCUGUACUGGGCUGAUGCAAAGCUGAGUUUCAUUCAUAGAGCGAAUCUGGAUGGUUCCUUUAGGCAAAAGGUUGUGGAAGGGAGUCUCACUCACCCAUUUGCGCUGACGUUGUCUGGAGAGACGUUGUAUUGGACAGAUUGGCAGACUCGCUCCAUUCAUGCCUGUGACAAAAGGACCGGAGAGAAAAAGAGAGAAAUACUGAAUGCACUUUACUCACCAAUGGAUAUCCAGGUCUUGAGCCCGGAGCGGCAGCCAUACUUUCAUACUCCCUGCGAAGAAAACAAUGGUGGCUGUUCUCACCUCUGCCUGCUGUCUCCCAGAGACCCCUUCUACAGCUGUGCCUGUCCUACUGGAGUGCAGCUGGAAGAUGAUGGCAAGACCUGUAAAGCAGGUGCUGAGGAAGUCUUGCUGCUCGCUAGAAGGACAGAUUUGCGAAGAAUCUCUUUGGACAUGCCAGACUUCACUGAUAUUAUUCUGCAGAUAGACAAUAUCAGGCAUGCGAUUGCAAUAGACUAUGAUCCUGUUGAGGGCUACAUAUACUGGACUGACGAUGAUGUCCGGGCUAUUCGUCGGGCUUACCUUGAUGGUUCUGGAGCACAGACCCUAGUGACCACAGAAAUUAAUCAUCCUGAUGGCAUAGCAGUGGACUGGGUGGCAAGGAACCUGUACUGGACUGACACAGGAACAGAUCGCAUUGAAGUAACCCGAUUGAAUGGGACAUCCAGAAAGAUCCUUAUAUCGGAAAAUCUAGAUGAACCCAGAGCGAUAGUGCUAAAUCCUGUGAUGGGCUACAUGUAUUGGACAGACUGGGGUGAAAAUCCAAAGAUCGAGUGUGCUUAUCUGGAUGGCUCUGAGAGGAGGGUCCUUGUGAACAGUUCUCUAGGUUGGCCUAAUGGCUUGGCACUGGAUCUCGAAGAAGACAAACUCUACUGGGGAGAUGCAAAGACAGACAAAAUUGAAGUAAUAAAUGUUGAUGGAACAAUGAGAAAAACUCUACUAGAAGAUAAACUUCCUCAUAUAUUUGGGUUUACUUUGCUGGGGGACUACAUCUACUGGACAGACUGGCAGAGACGAAGCAUUGAAAGAGUUCACAAAAUAAGAGCAAGCAGGGAUAUCAUCAUAGAUCAGUUGCCAGACCUAAUGGGCCUCAAAGCAGCAAGUGUGACCAAAGUGUUUGGAACCAAUCCUUGUGCUGAGAAUAAUGGAGGCUGCAGCCAUCUGUGUUUCUUCACACCUCUGGAGACCAGAUGUGCUUGUCCCAUAGGACUGGAGUUGCUGAGCGACAUGAAGACCUGCAUCAUUCCUGAAGCCUUCCUUGUUUUCACCAGCAGAGCAGCAAUUCAUAGGAUUUCCCUUGAAACCAACAAUAAUGAUGUAGCUAUUCCUCUUACUGGUGUCAAAGAGGCAUCUGCUCUGGAUUUUGAUGUGUCUGAUAAUAGAAUCUAUUGGACUGAUAUUAGCUUAAAGACCAUAAGCCGGGCAUUCAUGAAUGGGAGCUCUGUUGAGCAUGUCAUUGAGUUUGGGUUAGACUAUCCUGAGGGAAUGGCAGUAGACUGGAUGGGAAAGAACCUUUACUGGGCAGAUACUGGAACCAAUCGAAUUGAAGUAGCGCGCCUGGAUGGACAGUACAGACAGGUUCUUGUGUGGAAGGAUUUGGAUAACCCCAGGUCUUUGGCCCUUGAUCCUACUAAAGGGUAUAUGUACUGGACAGAGUGGGGAGGUAAACCAAGGAUCGUUCGGGCAUAUAUGGAUGGGACAAACAGCAUCACUUUGGUUGAUAAAGUGGGACGUGCCAAUGAUUUAACUAUUGACUAUGCAGACCAAAGAUUAUAUUGGACUGACCUAGACACAAGUAUGAUUGAGUCAUCAAACAUGCUAGGUCAAGAAAGGGAAAUAAUAGCAGAUGAUCUGCCUCAUCCAUUUGGACUAACACAAUACAGUGAUUACAUCUACUGGACAGACUGGAACCUACACAGUAUAGAAAGAGCAGACAAGACCAAUGGGAAGAACCGGACACUAAUUCAAGGACAUCUGGAUUUUGUGAUGGACAUACUGGUCUUUCACUCUUCGCGCCAGGAUGGCUUGAAUGACUGCAUGCAAAACAAUGGGCAGUGUGGACAAUUGUGCCUUGCCAUACCAAAUGGGUAUAGAUGUGGCUGUGCCUCUCACUAUACCUUGGAUCCCAACAGCAGGAACUGCAGCUCACCCACCAGCUUCUUGCUGUUUAGCCAGAAGUCUGCAAUCAGUCGGAUGAUACCAGAUGACCAGCAAAGUCCAGAUAUCAUCCUUCCUGUGCAUGGUCUAAGAAAUGUCAAGGCCAUUGAUUAUGAUCCCUUAGAUAAACUGAUUUAUUGGGUGGAUGGACGUCAGAACGUUAUUAAAAGAGCCAAAGAUGAUGGUUCCCAGCCUUUCACUGUAAUGAGCACUCCAAACCAAAAUCCAGAGAAGCAGCCGCAUGACUUGAGUAUUGAUACUUACAGCCAUACCUUGUACUGGACCUGCGAGGCCACAAAUUCAAUCAGUGUUCACAGACUUAAUGGAGAACCAAUUGGAACGGUGUUAAAAGGAGAUCAUGACAAGCCAAGAGCCAUAGCAGUCAAUGCAGAGCGAGGGUACAUGUACUUCACCAACAUGCAAGAGCGAGCCCCGAAGAUAGAGCGCGCAGCCCUGGACGGCACGGAGCGAGAAGUGCUCUUUAGUACCGGUCUGAUCCGGCCUGUUGCGCUGGUAAUUGACAACAAGCUUGGGAAACUCUUCUGGGUGGACGCAGAUCUCAAACGCAUUGAAAGCUGUGAUUUGUCAGGAGCUAACCGUGUGACACUGGAGGACUCCAAUAUCCUGCAGCCAAUGGGACUGACUGUGUUGGGGAAUCACUUGUACUGGAUUGACCGUCAGCAGCAGAUGAUUGAGAGAGUUGAGAAAACCAGUGGAUACAAGAGGACUAGAAUCCAAGGCCGAAUUGCUCACUUGACAGGCAUUCAUGCAGUGGAAGAAGUUGAUAUGGAUGAAUUUUCUGCACAUCCAUGUUCCCGUGACAAUGGUGGCUGUUCACACAUCUGCAUUGCUAAAGGAGAUGGAACCCCAAGAUGCUCAUGCCCAGAUCACCUUGUACUUUUACAGAACCUCUUAACAUGUGGAGAACCUCCAACUUGUUCCCCAGACCAGUUUACCUGUGCGACUGGGGAGAUAGACUGUAUCCCAAUGGCAUGGCGAUGUGAUGGAUUUCCAGAAUGUGAUGAUCAGAGUGAUGAAGAUAGCUGUCCUAUAUGCUCAGCAGCCCAGUUUCAGUGUGAGAAAGGACAAUGUAUUGAUGCCCGCUUGCGCUGUAAUGGAGAAAUUGACUGCCAAGAUAAAUCCGACGAAGCAGACUGCAAUACAAUCUGUCUCCCAAAUCAGUUUCGAUGUGCCAGUGGCCAGUGCAUCCUCAUAAAACAGCAGUGUGACUCCUUUCCAGAUUGCAUCGAUGGUUCCGAUGAACUCAUGUGUGAAAAAAACACAUCCUCAGAUGAACCUCAACCCCACGUUAGUGCUAUUGGACCUGUCAUUGGUAUCAUACUGUCCCUUUUGGUCAUGGGAGGAAUGUAUUUUGUUUGCCAGCGAGUGGUAUGUCAGCGCUAUGCUGGACCCAAUGGACCUUUUCCGCAUGAAUAUGUCAGCGGAACCCCUCAUGUCCCUCUUAAUUUUAUAGCUCCAGGGAGUUCUCAGCAUGGCACUUUUACUGGUAAGGACGGCAUCUCUUGUGGAAAGUCUAUGAUUAGCUCCAUGAGCCUCAUGGGAGGAAGUAGUGGUGCCCCUCUGUAUGACAGAAACCAUGUUACUGGAGCCUCUUCUAGUAGUUCGUCCAGCACUAAAGCCACUUUCUACCCACAGAUUUUGAACCCACCUCCUUCCCCAGCCACUGAUCGCUCUUUAUAUAACACAGAGAUGUUCUAUUCCUCAAACAUUCCUUCAACAACAAGAUCUUACAGACCCUACCUUAUACGAGGGAUAGCUCCGCCCACGACACCAUGCAGCACAGAUGUGUGCGACAGCGACUACACCACAAGCCGGUGGAAGGCCAACAAAUACUACAUAGAUCUAAAUUCAGACUCAGACCCUUAUCCCCCUCCCCCCACGCCUCGCAGCCAGUACAUGUCGGCAGAAGAAAGCUGCCCUCCAUCUCCCGCCACAGAGCGAAGCUACUUUCACCUCUACCCCCCUCCGCCGUCUCCUUGUACAGACUCCUCAUGACCUUAAUAGAAGGAACUUGUCUUUUACUGUAAAUAUUUUUAAAUAUGAACAAAGAUUAAAAUAUAUUUUAUGAUUUUAAAAAUAAAUAGGGGUGGGAAUUUAAAAAAAGAAAAUGUGAAUAAAAAUGAAUGGGGUGGGGCUGUGAAAAUGUGUACAGUGGAAGAAUAUUUAUAAAUUUGAUUUUUUUUUAAUUUAAUUUCCAUUCUUUUGUGCCAUAAUUGCCUUUUUUAAAUUGAAGUCAGGAAACUGAUUUGACCUCCAAGGGACUGGGGGAGGGGGGAGGAAAGGAUGAGGAUGUUGAGCCUUUGUGGGUUUUUUAAAGUCCCCUUUUUAAUGCUGUAAAAUGUAUGUCAAUGUGACACCAAAGGGAAAACAAAAACAAAAAAAAAAGAGGCUCCUGGGAGGGGCAUGCUAAAAAGAAGCUGAGAGGCUGAAUGACAAAACUUGUCUUACGGUUAUUCGAAAAAAAAGAAAACAAACUAUUUUGUUUCAAAAAAUAAUUUGUUCACUGCCAAAAAAUUAAUAACCAAAUUAUAUAUUUUUGUUUAGAAAGUUGAAUGAAAACAAACAAAAACCUCCCUCCUGAAUGUUCCAGUUUGCAAACAAGCCAGUUGCUUCCCAGAGGAACCCAGGCACUAAAAGAGGCCAAGAUUUUGAACCGUGCACUCUAUUCACUCAGCACUAGUCACUCUUUCCAGUUCGACGUGAUGAAACAAGCUCCUCCAUCAUUCCCUAGCAGCCACUUCACUCUAGGUGGGCAUGGGACCACAGAGCCAUUCCUAGAGAGAUUGUGGGGGUCAGCCAGGAAAGGUCUGUUAUAGCUAAGUUAGUCUCCUCUUUCCUGAAAAAUGGUAGCAGUUCCAUCACCUGUCUCUGAAGUCUGGAAUUUAUAGUCAGUUCUGUAUAUAUAGCUCCUGCCCCUGUAUUUAGCUCAGCAAAUUGCUCUAGUUCCAGAUGUCCGGAUCCCAGAGUGUGGUGUUCCAGUAACAUGCCAGCUCAUAUUUACUUCAAUAGGAAAGUUUUAAGAUUAAAUAUGUGGGAAACUAAAUAUGUAUAGAGGUAGAACAAAAAAACCCACAAACAAACUCAAGCAAACAACCCACACACAUUAAAAUGCAUGUGAUUUAGUUACGGUCCUAUGAAAAUUUGCUAGAAAAUGAGUUUAAUUUUACCAAAAGGCAGCAAAAAUAAGGACUUUUUAAUUUUUUUUUUCUUUUUUAAAAUUAACUCUUCACAUUGUAGAAACUGCUGUAAUGCCAAGACAACACCACAAAAGAGACCUGUUUCAGGCAUUUAACAUGUAGCACUUAUCACAGGGGUUCUCAGACUGGGGGUCGGGACCCCUCAGGGGGUCACAAGGUUAUUACGUGGUGGGUCGUGAGCUGUCAGCCUCCACCCUAAACCCCGCUUCACCUCCAGCAUUUAUAAUUGUGUUUAAAUAUAAAAAAGUGUUUUUAAUUUAUAAGGGGGGGUCAUACUCAGAGGCUUGCUAUGUGAAAGGGGGCACCAGUACAAAAGUUUGAGAACCACUGACUUAACAAGCUGCUAGCUGGGCGGCUAUCAGUUCCUUUUACCAAAUUUACAGACAUGAACUAUAUUUCUCCUUGCUAUAAUCCAAGGGCUCUACUGUUGCACAGUGCUUUUAGAAACUGUCCUUACGACAGCAGCCAUAAUGUGGACAUGUAGUCAAGACACUUGAGAAAAAAACUGGAUAAUACAGAUCUGCACCUGUUUUUUACAGCUGCUGAAGAACAGGUGCAGUCAGCCUCUGACAGACUUAACAGCAUUGACAGAAAUGAAACCUUUUCGUUUUUGAACUCUCAAGUUGGAUUUUUAUUUUAGCAAGCUUCCCCUCCACCCCCCAACCCGAGAGCAAUAGAGAGAUCGAGUGAGCAAGAGGGAGGGGAAUCCUCCAGCUAAGGGCCAAAAUUCUUCACUUGCAUCCUCAGUGUGGAUUUAAACUCCAAACAUUCUGAUCCUGCUACAUUCUCAGAUCUCACUGUCUGCUCUUCCUAUCCACAUGGAUCCGAGAACAGAAUUUUGCUCACUGUGAUUGUCAUUUUAUUAAAAGUCUGAGAAGGAGCUUGGGUUUGUUAGCUUUGUAAAAUCCCUAGCCUCUCUGAUUUGGAUUCAGCUCAGAGAAGAGGCCCUUUGUUUGCAUGGAGAAAAACAGAGCAAAGUAUUAAGAGUUUAAUUUUGCAGAUCAACCCUAUACUAAAAACACUGCAAAAUGGAUUUUUCCAUGAACGUUAGCUGUUCUGCAGUAUGUCAGGAGAGAGGAGGUCAUGGUGUCUGUUAACCUAGAGUGACUCUUGGCAGAUCUCUGGAAAAUGGUGUGCGCUGUUUGGCUGAAUGAGGAUCAAAUUUCAUGUCACCAUGUUUAAAUCAACUAAAUUGUAAAUAGAAAUCCAUGGGAUAUUUUACAUAUAAUAUCCCUCAUCUAAAGAAGAGCUUACACCAGUUGGAGACUACAGUCCAGUUAUGUAUUUUUCUCACAUCACUGUAUUUGUGUGUGUGCUCAUUGUUCCUCAUUUGUUAAUGAAUUCAUAAUUUUAGUAAUGACACUUUAUAGCUCUUGCUUAGAAAUAUGCAAUGUUACAUUUCCUGUAUCCUUGCGAUGAUGCUGGAUGUGAGAUUACAUGGAUUAUUUUUUUGAUAAACCACUGUUCCUUUAAAAAAGAACCACAUUUUUUUUUAAUCUUAACCCCACUUAAUAGGAAAUAAGUUUUCAGAUCAUAAGGUUUGGGGUUGAGUUUAGGGAAACUGUAGGAAUUUUGCUCAGACUUUGAGUUAUCUUGACGGUCAAAUUCAGAACUGACUCUGGGAAACACUUCUGGGUAUGUAUGAAUAAACAAAGCAUAUACAAUGCUUGAAAACAGCUUUCAAAUUUCAGUUGGAAGAGCAGAGCCUUUUGCUGUGAUGACCAGUUUACUGAGGAAUGAUCUUAUUUGAGACACUGGAUGAUGGUCAAUAUCUGAGACUGAGUUUUUGGAAGUCCUGCCCUGCUUUAUUAUUAUUAUGGGCUUAGUUAUCGAUCCUAAAAAGAACUUGUUUAAGAAUUAAACAUUUUGUUUAAAUGGAAUGUAAAGUAUUACUUCUAAGUGCUGGAGACUGUGUACAUCUUACACAGGGUUCCCACACUGCCAGUACCCUAGAAAAGAUGUCAUAUUUCAGUAAGAGGGGCCCCUGCUUCCUGGAAAUACGAUGCAGCUUGUUCCUGUGAAUGUACUUCCAGCCUUUUGAAUUUCAGGCACCUCAACUGAGCAAAACAGGUGCUAUUUUCCUCUGGAUCAGACUGACAGAGAACUAGAGAGAAACUGUUGAAUGUAAAUAAUCGGUUAUGGCCAUUGGAUAUUGACCAAGGAGAAAAUAAAAUGUGCGGAGUGUUUUUUCGUCAUUUGUAUGUCCAGUUUUAUUAACCAAGUGUGCCUUGGGAAAGAUGACAGUGUUUGCAGAGAAAGAACUCUUAAAAUCUGCAGGAAGAUGCAUGUGUUUGGAUUGCCUUAGUUUGAGCAGUUGUGGUCUUAAAUCAAUUUAGCCUGGUGUUUUUCAUUUUCCUUGUGAUCAUUAUUAUUCAGUGUUGCAGUAUGUUAGCACUUCAGCCAGUUUAAGUUAAGACAGACCCCUGUGUCUGGUGUGUAACUAAUAAUGGGCAAAGGAUGUAGUUAAUCCUGUGCCAUAUUUAACAGACAGGUGUACUAGGAAAGUGGAGAGAGAAUGAAAGAGAGAGAGACUCUAUUUACACUUGUAAAAGGAACUAUCUGAUGUGGUUGCUACACUGAGAUUUGCCCUGGUUACAACUGUUGAUAUAGAUGAAGCAGGGUAAUGCCAUAGUGUAGACAGGCAAAGCUGCUAUAAAUCAUAGCUUACACGAGUGAAGUUACUCCCGUUUCAAGCAAGACUAUGGUGCAUCAGGGCAAAUUGUGGCUUACAUUGGUUGAGCUAGAUGGGUGGCCAACCACCCAUGGUUGAAAUUCCCAGUAAAGAUAAGGCCUUUAGUCGACAGAGUCUGUUGUAUGAGUCCCAGUGCACUUACCAAUUACCACUGAUAUAAUUUGCCCUUCUUGUUUACCCUGAGCAUUUUGAAAAGUCUCCUCUGAUCCCAGUUACUCUGAUGGGCAUUACACUGAGCCAAUCCAAGUGAGUAGCUGUGCUUGUAAUUGAGCUACAACUGAUCUCCAUUAACGUCAGGAAAUGAAAACAGAAGGCAGGCAUGUUCCCAAUAAUUAAAAACACACACAAGUGCUUGGCAUGGAGCCCUGAAUUUGAAAUAUCAUUUUUGAUGUUAGGCAGGACUGAGGGACAUAGUAUAAAUAAUAUCCUUAUUUGGACAGAGCAUUGUAUGCAAGCCACAGCCAAAGGGGGACGGUGGUUUACAGGGUCAAUUAUUCAACAGUUUAUAGGUUUAAAUAAUUUUGAAUAUGUUCCUCAGUAAAAAUUUGUCUCGAACACAAAAGAUUGAAAGAAAAUUUGUCUACAGAGAAGGCAAGUUUAACUGGCCACCGAAUAACCAAUAAUCCUGGCUACAGAAAACUCACUGUGAAAUGUCCAAGAAUUCUAAUGCAGCUCGUCUCUUAGACGUAGCAAAUACUGCAUUUUGGUUUCUUUUUGUUAUGUUGUUACAUUAAAAACCCUUGGGCCAUUAUUCUGAUUUUACUUAACAAUAAGGUAUCAGUUUUAUAUUUUAAAAUGUAAGAGGUAUCUGAAAUGAAUACUAAUAUACAUAAACAUUUUGUAGCUCCUGUAAUUUGUUUCCUUGCUCUGCUUUCUGUAAAUACCUUGUAACUGGUAUUCUUUUCUUUUUUGGGACUGGCCAACAGCUCUGUGGCAUUAUGACCCCACUUGAGAAGGUUCUGAAAUAGCCCAUCGCCCCUUGUCUGUGUUGGACCUAAGGGUAGGGCUGGUGGAAAUGAGUCUGAUACAAUAGUCCUCUGCCCCCCAAAUUAAAAUCCAGCAGUCCCAGGUCCAAAGAUCCCAGAUUUACUUCCAAGCUCCCACAGCAAUACCCUGCCAACUCUUAGGUGGUCCGUGGAUAUUACUGAGCUAUAAUGACCGAGGACCUGAUCCUGACUGAUUUCAGUGGGGAGUUAAGGCCCUGAUUCUGCACCAUUGACUUCAGUGGGCAAAGAAACAGACUGCUAAUGCACUGAAGGCCUCACUGAUCAAUCCCAAGCAGAACUUUUCGAUUGACCAUCAGGUAUGGAGACAUGUCUGAAUUGUGUUUUCAGAGACAGAAAGCAAAUCUGAAAUUUAGGGUAGGUGACUGACUAAUUCACCAGCACCGUAUGUUUCUGAAAAUCAAAUACUCAAACUGAAGCACCUGUCUCUAGAUCAGAAACAUACUAUGUUCUCCUAGUGCAGUGAUCAUCCAUACUUCUUCAGUGUGUGGGGGUGUGGGUGUCAGAGGGAGAGGUACUCCAACUUAAUUUGUAAAAUGUAUUUGCAGAAGAACACUGUAAAUAUGUACUGAAGUACUUGGUUGCAAUUAGAAACAAAAUACUUGUGAUAUCAAAUGAAAUAUAUCAGUCUCAUGCAGAUAAAGUAAAAUUGCUUAAAGCAGGAGCAGCGCUUUGCUGUUGUACGUGAAAUUUGGAGGGCAUUGUAAAGAGAAAUGUAACCCAGACAGCUCUUUUUUAUCUUAUCUAAAUAUACCGCAAUUGCUGCUAAUGUAAAUGUACCUGAAUAUACAAAGAUUACCAAGAAUUGUUACGAUAAAAAGAAUCCCUCACACGUCAACCUUUUAUAUUUAUAUUAAAAUAUGUAUUCUGCAAACAAUCUACAUAGUGUAGCUUUAUAUUUGUAUCAUUUUGUAGAAUUCAUCGUCACAAAAGAAAACCAAACCAACAUUUUAGUGCCUUGGGUAUUUUAAACAGCUCAGCAUAUUGACGGGGAGAAAACGACGCCUUAAAUUAAGUGCCCCAGUAUCAUUUCUUGAUUGUGCCCCAGAGGCUAGUUUUUACAAAAUAGAGUAACAGUGUACUUUUGUGCCCCAUUCAUUCCAGACAUGCCCAUAUUAUGGAAUAAAAUUAAAUUUAUUUUGUAUUUUGUAAUGUGGACUCUGAUAAGAAAUAUUUGCUCCAAAAAUAUCAAUGUAAUUAAUCUGUAAUAUUCUGUGAUUUUUUUUCAGUUGCAUUUUUUAAAGUGAGUUUCGGCUACUUAUCUGCCCCUUUUGUAAGGUCAGAUUUCCAUAAUUUUAUAUAAAUAUGGAGUUAUGCUAUCAAAAUACAUGAUGUUAAUUUAAACAAACCCCAAUAGUUUGUUUUAGGUAUUUUUGAUUAAAUUAACAUUUUCAAGUUGUCACUAAAAUGUUUUUUGUCAUUAAUACCAUACAAAUUAAGUCCUUGAAUCAGAAACCAAUUAAUUAUUAAAAAUUAUUCUGCAGAGUAUGGUUUUCUAGCAUUAACAUAAUGAAAAAGAGCUCAAAUUAGCCUUUCAAAAAACUACUUUAUGUGGAAGGCUUUCAAAGCCAAUAAACAAAUCCAUUUAAAUAUUAAUCAUUUUCAGUUCGUGACAUUGCAAGUUGUGAUGUUUCUUCAGGAUACCAAUACCUUUGUUUGAAGUUUUGUGUAUAAAUAACUGUAAAGUUAACAAACUCUGCAUUUGUAUGAUAGAUUUUGUGGAUUUUGUUUUGUAAUAAAAUAUUUUUUAAAAGGA